CUGAAGCAAAGCUGCAGAUCUUUCAGCUGCCGAAAUAUUGUAUCAUAUAUUCUGCCAUUCUACAGCAUUCUUGCAUCCUUUUACACGCUACGUGCCUUCUUACACGACGUCAUUGCUGGUAUAACUAUGUCGAUUUUGCAUGUGCCACAAGGCAUGGCCUACGGUUAUCUCGCAGGACUAAGACCCAUCAAUGGACUUUACACUUCCUUUUUCCCUCCGUUGGUCUACUUCUUCUUCGGAACUUCGCGACACAUUUCUGUAGGCACGUUCUCGGUCGUUGCUCUGCUCAGUGCGGCACCAGUUGACCGCUUGGCUGCUACGCUCGCCGAUGUCAACAUUACGAGCAAUUCAACGGACAAUGUGGUAUAUGAUUACCGGCUGAAGGUUGCAAUAACUGUUACUCUGUUGUCUGGCCUAAUUCAGGGGUUGCGAAAUGACAAAUUCGGCCUAUGUGAAGAUGGCCUGCACUGGAUUUCUCUCUCUUUGCAGUUCCUCAUGGGUCUGCUUCGCCUAGGUUUUCUGAUGGUCUACAUUUCUUCGCCGCUUUUGGGUGGAUUCACUUGUGCUUCGGCUCUUCAUGUGAUUGCAAGCCAGUUAAAUGCCUUGUUUGGAGUAAAGAUGAAGCGCACGGUUGGCCCGGGUAUUCUACCUUUGGAUUUUUACAAUUUUAUUCUAGUCUUCAAGGAGACAAAUGUGGCAACCAUCACCAUAUCCGUUAUCUGCAUUACGGUUUUGGCAAUUUUCAAAUUUCUGAUCAAUCCGAAAAUUGAGGCCAAGAUUCAUUUUCCUUUUCCGGUUGAAGUGGUUGUGCUUAUUUUGGCCACGACAAUAUCUCACUUUGCUCAGUUGAACCAGAGGUUUGGUGUGAGGAUUGUGGGUCCCUUACCACAGGGUCUACCGAAACCCGUUCUUCCAGAUCUCAACCUGGUCCCAUCAAUAGCGGUGGACUCAAUCAUUGUGUCUUUCGUUGCGCUUGCAACUACGGUGUCCCUGGCCAAAUUGUAUGCAUCCAAAGCUGUUUAUGAUGUAAAGUAUACCCUGUAUUCCUAUGUUUCAUUCCUCCAUUUGCAGGUCGCUUCUCUGAUCUCCUGUGCAGUUCUUGUACUAGUUUUGACAGUUAUCGGACCGUCACUAGAAUCUGUUCCGAUGUGUGUCCUAUCCUCGAUUAUUCUUGUUUCGCUGACUGGCAUAUUGGGUCAAAUAAUGGAAGUUCCUAAGCUUCUUCGAUCUUCUGUCAUUGAUGCGGCCGAACGUCUGCCGGGCAUAGUUAUCCUACGAUUCGGUGGUCCACUAUAUUAUGCAAAUUCUGAACGUUUUCAAAAUUGGGUUACGGAAACGGUGGGUCUUGACGCCAAUAAAGUUUACAAGGAGCUCCAGUCCAAAACUGCCGUGCCGACACCGAGCGAUCGAAGCCAGGACAAAUGUAGCUGUUCGUCCAAGUGUUGUUAUCGAUCUCAGACUUUGGAGGUUGCGGUGGUUGUCUGGAUUGUGACCUUCCUAGCCACCGUCUUUAUUGAUGUGCCGCUUGGUCUCAUCACUGGCCUUGUGUUUUCGUUGGUGACGGUUCUCUGCCGCACACAAUUGUCGACCAGUUACGAAUUGGGUCAUAUUAAAGACACUGACUUGUAUGAGAGUCGAACGCUUUAUACAGCACCUGAGGAAGAACCGCCACUCCGCCCACAGUUGGCCAAUGCGAUCAAUAUAAGAUUCAUCAUUCUGGAUAUAUCCUCCUGGACUUUCAUCGAUGUCGUUGGGGCUCAUACUCUUCAUGAU